AAUAAUAGUUAUCAUUUCCGUUUAAUGAAGUCUGUGCUGACCUCCAUAUCUUACAAUUUAUAUUUUAUAAAUUCAUACGUGUUUUCUUUUAAUAAGUGAUGAAAGUUAGGUACUACUUGCAGAAACAUAACAUUUUUAUUCAUUGAAUUGCUCUUGGGUAAUAGCUAAAAUUCUUAUAAAUUUAGCAAUGAACAGAACAGAAGGACUAGUUUUAAGAAAAAAUGCCGUUGCACUAAAUACUGAGAGAUCCCUUAAUAUAGAUGAUGAGCUUGAAAAACAUCAUUUGGAUGAACAAGAAGAGGAAGAUGUAGAUUCUAAAGAAACACGUCUUACUCUAAUGGAAGAAGUAUUACUCUUGGGUCUGAAAGACAAAGAGGGAUACACAUCCUUUUGGAAUGACUCUAUAUCAUCUGGAUUACGUGGUUGCAUUUUAGUGGAAUUAGCUCUUAGAGGCAGAGUUGAAUUGGAGAAAGCUGGCAUGCGCAGAAGAAGUUUAUUAAUGAGAAAAGUGCUUGUAAAAAAUGAUUCACCUACUGGGGAUGUUCUACUUGAUGAAGCUCUAAAACACAUUAAAGAAACUGAUCCUCCAGAAACAUUACAAAGCUGGAUUGAUUAUUUAAGUGGUGAAACAUGGAAUCCAUUAAAACUGCGUUACCAACUAAGAAAUGUCCGUGAGAGACUAGCAAAGAAUCUUGUGGAGAAAGGUGUCUUGACAACUGAAAAACAGAACUUCCUAUUAUUUGAUAUGACAACCCAUCCACUGACAGAUUCCAGCACAAAGACUAAAUUAGUUAAGAAAGUGCAAGAUGCUGUUUUGAGCAAAUGGAUCAAUGACCCUCACCGCAUGGACAAACGUAUCCUCUCUUUAAUCAUUCUAGCGCAUUCCUCAGAUGUUUUAGAAAAUGCUUUUGCACCGUUAUCUGAUGAUGAUUAUGAAGUGGCUAUGAAGCGUGUACGCGAAUUGCUCGAAUUAGAUGUGGAAGCUGAAAGUAUGAAACCAAAUGCCAAUGAGACAAUGUGGGCUGUAUUUGCUGCUUUUAUAAAAUAAAACAAAUUUCUAUUUUAAUUUAAAUUUUGAAAGAAACACAAUAUUUCUUUGAGUGACUAGAGAUCAAUUUACAAUUGCUGUAUAAUUGAAAUGCCUGAUAUUUUUUCCUAUCCAAUUUUGUUGGCAUCAUAUUUACAAAUUGUAUCCUGAUUUAGCAAACAAUAAACAUUUGAGUAUAUUUAUUUAUAAACUAAUUAAUAGCAGAUUUGUAAAAUUUGGUGUUGGUUUAUUAGAUUUGCUUGUAUUGAAAUGGCUUUUUUUUUUUUUAAUGUAUGUAAGUUUCUUCAUGGUAUUUGUUUUUGAAUUUUUAAAUAAUUCUUCCUUAUUCUGAAAACUUAAAACAUCAUUCUUCCAGAAAACAUUUUGGCGUUGGUAAAAGUCAUCCUCUUUGCCAUUUAAUUCUUUUUCCUUUUGUGUUAUACAUUCAUG